AGACCAGCUGAAGUCCGUCAUGGAGCAGGUCCUGAACUUCGCAGUUCGUGAGCUAACGAAGAUUGUGGAGGCGUCGUUUGAUGACCUCCUGCUGGAGAUCACCAAGAUGGAGCGAGAGCAUCAGGUCCUGGAGGAGCGAGUGGACAAGAGUUCCGACGGAGGGGGAGGGGGGGAGAAGGGGAGAGGAGGGAGGAGGCGAGGCUCGGAGAACGACUCGGUGUCACCCAGCGGCUCAGAGGACGCUCGGGAGGAGCUGGCCGAGGUCCCGGAGUCCAAAGAGACGGCAGAGAAGGAGGACCCAGAGCGCCCCCCGGUGAUCUCGGUCUCUCAGGACUGGUUUCCAAUCCUGGACAAGGUCUUUGGUCAGAAGUGGUGCAGUGACGUCUGGCAGAUUAAAGAGCUCGCUGGAGCAGGCAGAGGUGGGAGGGGUGUGAGUGAGGGUGGGGUGGAGCAGAUGGAGCCUCCCCCCGCCCCCUCAGUGACCCUGGAGCCCUCCCCUUCAUCCCCCCAGCAGGACCCCCGCUGGACUCCUUUGGAGGACAUGGAGGUGUUUUCUCCCGACGACGAUGCCACAGACGGUCAGAUGAGCACCAGGAAAGGAGACGACACCGCCACCACUGGACCCUCCCCUGGACCCCCCCCCAGCCCUACAGGAAAGGGAGGAAACUUCACUGAUAGACCUGCCGCCCACUUUUCAGGGUCAUCUGGUCGUCGCUCUUCAGCGUCCAUGCUUCACCGUCUUCUGACUCUACCGUCUCAGCUGCUGGAAGAGGAUGAUGAGGACACUGGUGCCAACGAAGCUCUGGCUGCUCUGGCCAAUAACGGUGCCGACUGCCGAGAUGAUGCGGAACCACCGGGCCAGACCUGCCUGUCGCCCCUGACAACCAGAGAGGAGGAAGAGGAGGAGGAAGAGGAGGAGGAGGACAAAGGGAGGAAGAAGAAGAGGCGGAGGGUUUGGUCCGAGUGCGACGAGUGUGGGCGGCGGUUCAGUCGCAUGUCCCUCCUGAAGGCUCACCGUCAGACCCACUUUACUGAAAUCACUGGUGCUGACACGUCGUCCCCCUCGUCUCCGCCCGACAGCGCCACAUCAGCAUUACGCUGCUCAGACUGCGGCAAGAGGUUCUCAUCUGCCACCCGCCUCCACAGCCACAUCCGGACCCAGCACCCCGGGAACCGGGCCUAAAGCUGGCCAGUCUCCUGGGCUGAACUGGAAACAGAAACGUCAGCGGACACUAACCGUCAACAGAGGAGGAGCCACCGACCGAAGAGUAGAUCAAAACUCCAAAAAGAAAAUCUCAAAUGUCUCCUGACUCUUCGGCUGCGACGUGACCUUCAACUCCACAUUCUUCAAAGUGAUGGUACAAACAGGGGUAGACCGAUUUCUAGAUCUGUGAAACAACAUCACACACAUCUGGUUCAAAUCUAGGGAUCAGGAUUAAUCAGGAGUAAUCACAAGAAUCGACUCAUCAAUAUGAGAGCAUUUCUUUUAAAUUAGACUCAACACCUCAAAUAUAUGGAUCAAAAUGCAAAGAUUCAUUAGAAACUAAAUAUUUAUAUCAAAUAAUAAUCAUCUCACAUCUAGGCCACUCAGAAAAACAGUUUUUACAAAAACAAAUGAAACUUGACCUAGUGUAGAUAAUCAAGUGAUUCUUAAACAUUUCCACUGUGACGCAUCAGCUCCGACAAUUCAUUUGCAAAGACUGCAAAAAUAAACUCAACUUCCAGAAUGAAUGACGUCACAGUGUCAAAUAUAAAAGACCUCGAUGUAACUAAAGCAGUCAAUUGAAAACAAUCACGAUAAUCAUAGAAAAUGUAAAGAAGAGAAAAUGAUCAAAUAAAAUCGGUCUAUCCCUCAUCAUUGAUACUGAUAAGAACCAAUUAGUGUCUGUGGUGGAAGGUCACAUGACCCCCCCCCACCCAAAACCCCCCCCCAAACAAACAAAAAAAAACUUGCACAACUUGAGUCCAUGAAGUUCGGACGCUGAUCAAUCCGAAUCUCGUUUUCUUUCCAGCUUCAGUAAACACAAACACAUCUCACGCGGGUCCAAUGUGAAGAAUAGGUUGUUUUUGCCAGAAUCGAUUCCUGCUCUGAGCAAAACGUCAAAACUUCAGAGGAAAUAAAAUCCAGUUGAACAAACGGGAGAAAACGCAGAGACGAGGAGUUUGACCUCCUGCUGUAAAACAUCGACAAACCUCUUUUGGGCGGGAAACGAGCGCCGGCUGCUGCAUGGGAUUUUAAAAAAAAAAAGCUCCUCCCCUUAGCGUUCGAAUGGUCGGAGUGUCGUUUCCCGUUUCCUGACUGUGACAGUUUUAGUUUCUGGUGUUGGGCGUGUAUAGCGAGGACAGUCGCUCCCACAGGAACAAGUGACCUGUGACUUUCACACCCCUUUUUUGUAAGUGGCCUUUUUUUGCUCCAGACUCCACCUCUUCUUCUUCUUCUUCUGUUUUUUUGAUUAUUGUUGUGUUUUCGACAUUUUUAGCAUUUUUAGACGUCUGAGGAUUUCUGGUGUCAGCGCCUGUACAGGAAAACAAACGUCGUCAGUGGCCUCGUUUGUUUGGACUCGUUGAAUGUGAAUCAGCCGUUUAAUGAUUUUUACGUUUAAUGUACAGUUUUUACUUUUCAAACAAAACUGAUGAUGAAACUAGAGAAUCGAAGGUUUUGAAAUCUUCUUUCCUUUAGUUCAGUAACCUCACGUUAACACACGGAUACCUCCCGACACACAACCUGAAAACGCUUCUUCGCUUCAGCUAACUUCACCCAGUCCAUGUAUGGAAGAACAGCUCUGCCACUAAAAGAAAAAGGAAUUAUAUCCAAACCAAAUUAAACAUCCAAGUGAUAAGAUUCUAAAUCUGAAUGUUGAGAUCAUGAGUUUGAAUAAAAUUAUAUUUUUGAAAAAGGAUGACAUAAUUGAUUUACACUAUUAUAUAUUUAUUUUAAUUUCUUACUUUGUAAUCUGUCAAAUGUUUUUUUUCUUUUCCUGGCAGAAUUGACUACCAUAUAUAAAUGAGAUUAUAAAAACAUUUGUAGUUUCAAAAUUCUUCAGACUUUCUUCUGUCUGGUUUAAGCCUUUUUAAAUACGACAAACAAGAAAGCAAACAUGUUUUUUUAAGACGUAUCUCAGAGCGAAACGGUUUAUUUCUCUUUUUGUCCGAUCAGCUGAUUUAAGAAAAAGCACUUAUGAAUAUGACAAAAGUUCGGACGCGUUUAUCAGAGUAUUAUUUCCACAUCGCUUGAACUUCAAACGAUAAGUUGUGAUGAAAUGAAUCCAGAGGUGCAGGCGACUCGACGACUCGAUGAAGAACUGUCACGACACUGGAACCAAAAAGAUCAAAGAGAAACAAUCUUAAUAUUUUUCUAACAGAUUCAGAAACGAACGUUGAUUUGAUCCAGUGACGUUCAGAAUCACGGCGUCGCUACGACACGUGUGGGCGAUAAUAUUUUUAUACCCCCCCCCCCCCCCAAA